AGUGUCUACUUCUCUUCAUAUGUCCAUCUUUGUGUCUGUCUGUCCUUCUCAGGAGAUCUGCGGAUACCCUCAGUUCAUCUGUGAAGAUAUGAAAUGUACAGAUGUGUGUCAAGGACAGCUGGGAAACUGUUGGUUCCUGGCAGCUGCCGCGUCAUUGACCUUGUAUCCAGCCCUCAUGGAGCGUUUGGUCCCCCCCAAUCAGAGUUUUCAAAAGGGUUACGCUGGAAUUUUUCAUUUCCAGUUCUGGCAAUAUGGCCACUGGUAUGACGUGGUGGUAGAUGACCGACUGCCAGUGAAAAACGGAGAGCUGGUCUUUGUCAGUUCCAUGCAGAAGAAUGAGUUCUGGGCUGCCCUGUUAGAAAAGGCCUACGCAAAACUUAAUGGAUCAUACGAGUCUCUAAACUACGGAUGGAUGAAUGAAGCAUUUGUGGAUUUCACUGGUGGGUUGGAUGAGUCUUUCAACCUCAAGGUUCCUCCUCUGAACCUCUUUCAGCUCAUCAAGAAAGCUGUGGAGAAGAGAUCUCUGAUGGGAGCUUCCAUCAAGAUCCUCAACCCAAAUGAGAGCGAGAUGAGGACACCGGAAGGACUGGUGAAAGGUCACGCAUAUUCUGUCAUAGCCGCAUGGGAGGUGGAACAAAAUGGCAGGAGAGUCCAACUCUUGCGUUUGAGGAACCCCUGGGGAAAGGUGGAGUGGAACGGGCGCUGGAGUGAUCUCUCCCCCAUCUGGUCAACUCUAGACCCUGCACUCCAGACAAAACUGCAGGUCAGAGGUGAAGAUGGAGAAUUUUGGAUGCAAAUGGAUGACUUCCUGCGCUAUUUUGACAUCCUGGAAGUCUGCAACCUGACCGCAGACUCUCUGCAAGGAGAAAGUUCUCAUGGAUGGAAUGCCAACUCCUUCCACAGCAGUUGGGUGCCUGGUCAUAAUGCCGGAGGCUGUAAAAAUUAUAUAGGAACCUUCUGGACCAACCCACAGUUCUUGGUGACUCUGCAGGAGGACGACCUAGAUUCAGAAGGAGGCUGUACGCUUCUGGUAUCCCUGAUGCAGAAGGACAGGCGGCUAGGCAGAGCCAAGGGACGGGACUUCUUGGUGGUGGGAUUCGAGAUCUACCAGGUCCCUAAACAGUUUGACCAGAUGACCCUGGUGACGGAAAGAAAGAACUUGUUUGCAAGUUUGGUGCCUGUGGUUCUUUCUCAGUUUGUGGCUCAACGAGAUGUAACCAGCAGGUUCGAGCUACCUCCUGGGAGAUACCUGAUUAUCCCCAGCACCUUCCAGCCCUACCAAGAGGGUGAUUUUAGCCUGAGGGUCUUCAGCGAGAGGCAACACUCGCUCCAGGAAAUUGAUUACGAGAUCAGAGCAGAAGAAAUUGUGUUCCAGGAGAGCAAACUCAAAGACGAUAAAGAAUCUAUCACAGCUCACUUUGCACGAUUGUCCGGGAAGGACCAAGAAAUCAGCCCAGAUGAGCUACAGAGAAUCUUGACCCAAGUCGUAUCUAAACAAACUCAUCUGAAGACAGAUGGAUUCUCUAUAGAAACCUGCAGAAAGCUUCUAAGCAUCGCUGAUAGAAGAGGAAACGGGAAGUUGCAGGUGGAUGAAUUUAGGUAUCUGUGGAGCAAAAUUAAAGAGUGGGAGCACAUCUUCGCUGAUUUUGAUAAAGACAGAUCAGGGACAAUGGACGUGAGUGAGAUGCGACUGGCGCUAGCAGCAGCAGGAUUUCACCUCAACAACCAAAUGGUGGAAUCUCUCACGCGACAAUACGGCAAUGACGUCUGCCGAGUGGAUUUUGACAACUUCCUUUCCUGUCUGACGUUUCUACUUAAUGUGUUUGGUCAAUGCAAAAAACUAGAUGAAAACAAAGAUGGCGCGGUCACUAUCCCUGUUGGGCAGUGGCUACAGCUGACGAGUUUUCAGUGACUAAUAAAGUUACACAACCAGCCGAAUAACUGAUCAGAAGACCAGAAUACCAAUUUUCUGUCAUAUUUAUAUUAUAAAAUUUUUAAUGUGACCCUGUCUAUUUUUUUUUUAUCAUCCUAUUUCUACAAUAAGACCAAUAAUAAAAACUUUUAAACUGUU